ACAGAUUCCUAAUGAAUUUAUAAGCCUUCUUGGAUUGCAAUAUUUGAAUUUGUCCGGAAAUCAUCUGGUAGGACCCAUCCCACCAAACAUCGGUGAAAUGGCAAAUUUAGAGGCUCUUGAUUUAUCAAGGAAUUCCCUUUCAUGCACCAUGCCAUCUAGCAUGACAAAUAUGACCUUCCUCGAGAUUUUCGAUGUGUCAUUUAACCACUUGUCAGGGGAAAUUUUACAAGGUGGGCAGUUUAACACAUUCGACAACUUGUCCUAUAUAGGGAAUCCUCAACUUUGUGGGUUUCCGCUUUCAAAGAUAUGCUCGAGUAAUGAAUCAUUGGGAGAUCCACAUUGUAACACUGAAGAAGGAGAUGAAGAAAAGCAAGGGUAUUGCGGAUUUUGGGGCUCUUUACUGCUGAAUAAAUCUUGGAGGUAUGCUUAUUUCCGCUUCUUGGGCAACAUGAAUGACAAAUUUUAUGUGAUGGUAGCAGUUGGAGCAGCCAAAUUGAAAAGGAAGUUUCAACACCAACAAGCUCCCAAGUAAAGGGUCCUCAAUAAUU